AUGGGCGGCUUGGGUGGGUCGCCGGCCACGCGCCUAACGGCGGGGUCGCGGUCGAGGUCCGUCGCGAUGAUUCACGUACCCACCCCGAUGCCGAUGACUACGAGCCCGAGGCCAUCGCCUUGGAUCCCGUCAACGUCGUCUGGUUCGACUUUGGCCCCACGCCCGAGACUUUUGCUGCUUUCGACAUGGGUGAGCUCCUACGUGCACAGGCCGGAGCACUGGACACAUCUCCAGCCGUGGCCCCAGGUGGAUUUGGCCGCGGAGCGCGAGCGCGCCAUCCUCGAGGCGGAAUCGGUCAUGGCCGAUAUUGAUCGCUGGUACGGCAGGGCCGAGGAGGAGGAAGAGGAGGAGUCCCUGGACGAGGCAGAGGCCUUGGACUCCCUGGACGCAAGCCCAAUUGCAGGCGCAGCCGCUUCUAGCUCAGGAGGCCCAACUGCCGGCCCAGCUUCUCAGCCUUCCGCUGCGAAGCCUUCCGAGGCUGGUUCGUCCACCGCCCUGCCCGACACCGGCAUGCCUGCCUGCCCCCGCGACUUGGUCUGCUCCCGCUACUUCUCGAACGGUGGCUGCUAA